GGCAGCUGGAGGAGGGGCAGGACCUGGAAGCCAAGUCUGAAGGGAGGAGCUGGCAGCCAAUGAGGGCCAAGUGGACCGAGCCCUGACCUACUGCGCUGGGACAGUGCAGGGCCCACAGGUAUUUCUGAGGACACUGUUCAUCCAGGGCUGCUGGCCACACCAUCCCCAUUUGGUGUCCCAGGACCUGCGAGGAUGCUGCCCUGGCUCCUUGUCUUCUCUGCUCUGACUGUCCAACCCUUGGGUGUUUCCUCCUGGGACAAAACACAAGAGAAACAAAUGUCCAAAGGGCUGCAGCACCUGUUUGGAAACAUCUCCCAGCUCAUUGAAAGAGGCAAACUGGGUCUUGAUGAUGUCUUCACAAUGGUCUCUCGCAAGGAGUGGGGGGCAGAAGCUGUUGGCUGCAGGUCUCGGCUGACCGUGCCAGUGAGUGUCCUUGUCACACACCACGUCCCUGGACUGGAGUGCCAUGACCAGGCUGCCUGCAGUCAGAGGCUGCGGGAGCUGCAGUCCUAUCAUGUCCACAACUACAGCGGCUGUGACGUGGCCUACAACUUCCUGGUCGGGGAUGACGGCAGGGUGUAUGAAGGAGUCGGCUGGGACGUCCAAGGCCUGCACACCCAGGGGUACAACAGCAUCUCCCUGGGCAUCGCCUUCUUUGGCACCAAGGAAGGCCAGAGUCCCAGCCCUGCGGCCCUGUCAGCCAUGAGGGGCCUAAUCUCCUACGCAGUUCUAAAGGGCCACCUGUCACGCGGCUACAUCCAGCCACUUCUUGUGAAAGGUGAAAGCUGCCUGGCCCCUCUGCAGAAGGCAAGCCUGAAGAAAGCUUGCCCCAGCAUCAUCCCGCGGGCGGCCUGGGGGGCCAGGGCGAGCCACUGCCUCACCAUGCGGCUCCCGGCUAAGUACGCCAUCAUCCUCCACACGGCUGGGAGAACCUGCAGCGCAGCAGACGAGUGCCGCCUGCUGGUCGCAGAUCUCCAGUCCCUCUUCAUGGACAAACGCAAAGAGUGUGACAUUGGGUACAACUUCCUUGUGGGCCAGGAUGGUGGUGUUUAUGAAGGGGUGGGCUGGACAGUCCAAGGCUCCUCCACCCCAGGCUACAACGACAUUGCCCUGGGCAUUGUCUUCAUGGGCACCUUCUCAGGCGACCCACCCAAUGCCACUGCGCUGGAGGCAGCCCAGGACCUGAUCCAGUGUGCCGUGGUCAAGGGGUACCUGGCCCCCAACUACCUGCUGCUGGGCCACAGUGAUGUGGCCAACACUCUGUCCCCUGGACAGGCUUUGUACGACAUCAUCAGGACGUGGCCUCACUUCAGACACUGAGGGCAACCUCACCUCCUUCCGGGGCUGCUCUCCUUCCCACCGGGUCUGUCCUCACCUCCCAUUUGGCCUCAACGCCUGUGGCCCUCCUCUGCCAGCCCCGCCUUGCUCUCUUUUCCCAGGUUGGGGUGAUCAUGUCCUCCAGCGUCCCCAGGUCCCCACGGCUGGGCAUUUACAGCCUCCUCUGGGUCCAGUCUCUUCUGCCCCAGCCUUCCUGUCCUGAGUACCCACUCACUCAGGCAGGAGAGGCACAGGUUGGGCCCUGUCACACUUCUCUUUCCAUCUGCAUCUGCCUCUGUGCCUGAGGCCCAUCCCCUGAAAUCUGCCUGGCAGCACCAGCCCUCACCGACCACCCAGGCCAGGCUGCCCACCCCUCCUCUCUGCUCACACAUUAUUGCUUAUACAGCUUUGGAUGUUGCCCUUAUUUAAAGCCUGUAAUUAUUUACGUGCAUGUCGUAUCUCUCCUGGAUUCUAAAUUUUUCCAGGGAGUAGCUUCAUUCAUCUCUAUGUCCUCAGUUCCUGAGGCGUGUCUGGAAUUUACUAGAUUCUUUAGAUGUUUGUUGAAGAAAUGGAAGAAUAAAUAAAUGAAUCGACCCAGUCCCUGCUCACUUGGUCAGUUGGUUUUGUCCUGUUCUCUCUGAGAAAUCUUUGUGUACGGGUUUGCCUCACUUGCAUCCUCUCUCAUGUUUCCUCCCAAUCGGGGGCUCAGAGCUGGUGCAGGUAAUGGGUGCUGAGUCUUUGGGGUCCCAAGUCCCUGUCCACCUGGUGUAGGCUGAGGGAAGGUACCACAUGCUUCUGCAGGGCCAGGUCUGUUUCCUCACCAGCAGCCCAGGGUCUGCUGCCUACCUGUGUCCGGCCAAGGCCUGGGGGGCUCUGGGCAGGUGAGGCCUCAGAGUCUUGAUGCUUUGCAGCCCUCUGCACUAAAGCUCUUCAUCCUCCUUGCUGGAAGCCAGAGUUCUCCUUCACCCCUGGGUCUUUGUCAAUAAGAAAGAGAGGUGAAUAAGAGGAAAGCAGGAAAGAUAAACAAGAAGUUUAUCUUGUUGAAAAUCUUUUUCAUUCCUUGUAUUUUGUCUUGAGUGUGUUUCUGUAGCCCUUACAGCAUCAGAAGAGUUGUCAUAAUUUUAAAUAAAAUAUGUCUGUGCUUUUCAAAGUACAGUAUAUCAGUGUC